AAAUCUAAGUGGCCGUUAUUAUAUUAUAUAUGUUAAUUCCAUUAUGAAAUAUCACUCCUAAAGUUUGUCAUGAAUAAUUAUUAUUAUAUAUGUAAAAUGUCAAAACUGCCAAUUAAAACUAUUUCCAUAUUUAUAUUCAGAAACUACUUAUGGCAACAAACAACAUUCGAGAAUAGUAGAAAUAAUUCCUUCUCCAAGCACAAAUAACUGAUAAUGAUAACAAUUAUAUGUGGCUAUUCAAAUUUUUACUAAGCAUAUAAAUAAUUAAAGAUUAUGAGUUAUUCUUAAAAACGGAAUAAUGAACAACAAACAUCAUUCAAUAAUGCACAAAGUAACAUCUCUUGGUGCAUCAUAGUCAAUGUUAAAGAUAUCCACGAACAGUAACCUAUAACAAAAUAAUUACUCAGACUCCAUUAACGAAGAAAAUUUAAACAUAACUUUACUAAAUUUACAUUAUAUUAAUUAGGUAAAUAUAAAGUUAUUAUUGUCUACGGAUUAAAAAUAUAUAACAAAUAACUUAAACUUUCCAUUACAGUACAGUUGUUUUACUUAACAUUGUCCAUCUUGUUUCAGCAGCACGUAGACAAGAGAAGGGAAGCCAACGACCAUUAUUAAACCCUUAUUAACUGUAAAUCUCUCUUGAAUAUAACACAGGACAAUUAGUGGUCACAGGAAUUCUUAUUAUCUUCAAGUAUAUAAAGAAGACAAGUGUGGAGGAAGUUAAAAUACCGCUGUCAUGGCUAACCUAUUUGGUCUUAUUGUUUCUGGACGACUGGUACAGACAAAUUUUGAGCAGGUAGGAGAGACACAGUUCCUGACAGUCAUCCCACAGGCGGACAACAUCAAUCAUGUUGUCGUCUUCCUUACGGGAACACAACCAUUCCCUGAUGGCCUCGGAGGAUCAGUGUACUUCAGUUGGCCUGAACCUACUAAGCCUCCCACCUGGCACCUCUUGGGCAAUAUCACAAAUGAAAAACCAUCAGCUAUUUUCAAAAUCUCUGGACUGAAGCAGUCAGGUGAUGAAGGCCCACAAACAGGCUUCUCAUUUGGUGAACAAAAAAUGUCUCACAAUGCACAAAUUGGAAUAUCAGUGGAGCCAUUAACACAGAUUCAGGGGCAGGUGGCUAACCCCUCAACAGAAGCAUCCACUCUCAACUCCUAUGUGGCAUUCAGUCAAGCCAUGUGUGAGAACCUCUACAACUAUGCCUCCAGCUUUGCUCAGAGUCCAGCACAGAUUACCCCCAACCCCUCGGAGCAGUACCUCCCCCUCUCCAUCCUCUCUAAGUGGUAUGAAAAUUUCAGUCGUAGAUUACAUCAGAACCCAAAUUUCUGGAAGAAGUAAAGGUAUGGCAGACUUUUAUAUACUGUAAUAUAAAUGUAUUUAAAUUGUCAAAAUCAGAUAGAUUUAAUUUUUAUUAAAGAAAAAAAAAUUAAAUGAGGUUCAAUUUGUUACAAAAAAUGUAAUUUGACCUCUAAAAAGAAUUUAUACUGUACAGGUAUAUAGUCAAUGGGAAAAUGAUGCAUAGCAUGAACCUUGUUAUACUGAACAAACGAGUUUCCUAAGAAUACUGUAUAGUUAUUGUAGGUGUAACUAACAUGAACUGUGUCAACCAUGUCACCUGUACACUCCUCUGGCACCACUCUCUUUGUUAUUGUCUCUCUUGAUUCCAAUGAUCCAACCAACAUAAAGAGUGAAGAAAGGUCAAGACAAUCCGCACAAAAAUUAAAUACAUAUUAGGAUAUAUAUCACUAAAGCAGGACCUCAAUUAUCAGAAAGUUUAAUAACAAAAAAUCACACAAUAUCCCGAGAGAAAAAAAUCACAUAAUCUCUCCUCUCCUCUAUUACCUGAUAAUUCAUCCAUCAUCUAAAUGUGUCACUGUACUUUUAGAACCAGUCACUAUAAACAAUGGCAGCACAGUCUGUAGUGUCCCUCGCUUAUUAUCGUUUACAACUUGCUAAGCAGUCUAUUGGUUUUGUUUAUUUGUUUCCUAAUAAAUGUCUGAAUACUGGCUGAUUGAAGGUGUUCCUCUACAUCUGCUGGCCAUUGCAUUUACAAUUUUAACCAUCUGUGUCCUGUGCACCUGAGUCAACUGUCUCACCAACUGAUGCUUUGCCUUUGUGUAUUGCAGUUGACAUUUUAUUCACCUUCAUAUUUUUUGGGGGGCAAUUUUUAUUAUGAGAUGAGACACAAAGUUUAUUUUUAAUACGUAAGCACGAAUAUUAUCUUAUUUUUUCCAACAGUUGAUAUACAGUACAUAACAUUAAAUGAGGAUCUAACAUGUAUAUGGUGUUGGCUAUGUUGGGAAUGGUGAGAGAGGGAAUCACACUUGAGGGAGAGAGAAAUUAAUGUACUGCGAUCUCCCUCCCACCUCACACACUUCGUCCACUCGUCGUUUAAUAAAGUUUGAGUGAUCGGGGAUUCAUUGUACUGUACAGGGUAUUGUAUUCAUCAUUAUUUCCAGUAUAAAGCUACCAGAUAUUAAGAUAAGCAUUGGAAUAUAAAUCUAUGCAGUAUUUAAUAACCUGAUUGUUUUGUUCGUCCUAGAGGCACAUGUGUUCGCCCUCACCACUUUGCUUAGUCUGGUCAUUCUCCGGUGUUUCAUCUUUCGGGAUAAAUACCGGAUAAUCCUCGGUCUGUGUUUACAAUGUUCCAGAUGUGUAAAUGGUUAAUAAUUCAACAUGUUACUGUUUUAAACAUUAUUGGAGGUAGAGAUUAUGUGAUGUUUAUUACCCAAAAACCUACCAUUGUUCUGCCCCCAUUACAGAUAAGAGGUCCUGCUAUAUUAGGGAUAUCAAUGUAAAAAUAGGAAAUUGUAAAGAAAUAUCUACAAUUUCUCAAAUAUACGACAAAAUUAUAAUUGAAAAAGAAUUGAUUGAGAACCAUAAUUAUACCAUGAAAUAAUUAUAUACAUUACUGUUCAUUAUAUAUUAAUAUAACUAUAUAUUGUUAUAAUGUUAUUACAGUACAGCAUUUCAUGUGUUAAGUAUCAGAUUUUUAUGAGGUGGAAAUUAAGUGGGAGAGUACAGGGCCAUUUUUUUUAUCCGAGAAUCCUAAAUGAUUAUUACUGUAUAUAGCAGAACGUGCAAUAAACAGCAACCUAAAAAAUCAAUGCAGAGAGUGUUUAUUUUCUUCACUAUGAUAGACUAGUGGUUGUGUCCACGAGAACUUUUGUUACUGUAUAGAAGUCAUUUGUUAUGUGGACAGAAUCAUGGGAAUAACCCUUCAAACUUUUAUGGUAGAGGGAUGAAAAGGUUAAGUUUGUCUCUUGCGUUGUAAAGGUCAGUACGGUUUACGAGUUUUCUGGAAUGGGACUCGGACGUAAAUACUGUAUAGGGAAAGUAUACUGUACGUUGUUUGACUUUACGGUGGCCUCUGUAUAAAAUGCCAACUGUAUGUCUGGUGUGUAUUAAUUAUAUCAAAUGUUCAGUAUGUCUAGCAUUUAAUUUUAUAGUAAAGGGAAAUAUUCUUAAUGUUUACGUUUAGUUUUUCCAUUGUUUUCUUUAGUUUAAAUGCUGUACUUAUAAAGAGAGUGGCACUAGCAAUAUGAUCUCAGUUGUUGCAAGAUGUGGUGUUAAGAAUCUUCCAUGACACAUAUGAUUCAUUCCUUAAUUAUGUUUGAGGCUUUUGUAGUACAGCUCCUCCCCGACUUACGACUUGGUUAGGGACCCAAAUCCAGGUCGUAAGUCGAAAAUGCUUAAAUAAUACAUAGAAAAUCUAAAAUGGGUAUCUCUUUUUCUUCUCAGCACC